AACUAACAAUCUUGUUUAUUACAUCGGUUUUUAACUGAAAAUUUAUCUUGGUGGGUGGGACCCAGCACCAGCGUUCAACAUCAUUUUGAUAACACAGUGGCUAUAGUACUUCAAACACAAAACCAUAUUUUAUUAUUAACAACCGUAAUCUCCUAGUAGAGACCACUGUCUGACACUGACAAGUGACAAUAAAAGGUUUGACCACCCGUGAAAUCAUCAGAAGUUCAGCCUUCGUGGACAAUAAUAAUAACCUCAAUUUAAAUUUGAUUGUCAUCCCGCUAACAUGUCUCUUCCCGAACCAUUAUCAAAACUUUUCAGUGAAAUUGACAAAAACAAGCAAAAGUUCAUAACCAACCUCCGCGAUGCCGUUGCCAUUCAGUCCGUGUCAGCGUGGCCCCACAAGCGGGGCGAAAUCCGCAAAAUGAUCGAGUGGGCCAGAGACCGCAUGCAGAAGCUCAACAUCCAAACGGAAAUCAAGGAAUUGGGAAAACAAACCCUGCCUGAUGGCAGAGUUAUUGACUUGCCCCCUGUGGUGUUCGGGGCCUUGGGCACCGAUCCUAAGAAGAAGACCGUUCUGGUUUACGGGCAUUUGGACGUUCAGCCUGCCCUCAAGGAGGACGGUUGGGAUUCCGAGCCUUUUGUCCUGACUGAAAGGUCUGGAAAGUUGUACGGAAGGGGGUCAUCGGACGACAAGGGGCCAGUUUUGUGCUGGUUACAUGCCAUUGAGUGUUACCAGAACUUGGGGAUUGAUAUUCCAGUCAAUGUCAAGUUUAUUUUUGAGGGAAUGGAGGAGUCAGGAAGUGUGGGGUUGGACGAGUUGGUGCACAGCGAGAAACAGAAGUUUUUGGCAAAUGUUGACUAUGUUUGCAUUUCUGAUAACUACUGGUUGGGGACGAAGAAACCCUGCAUCACUUAUGGGCUCAGAGGGGUCUGCUAUUUCUUCAUUGAGGUGCAAUGCGCUGCCAAGGACUUGCAUAGUGGGGUCUUUGGGGGCACUGUCCAUGAAGCAAUGACUGAUUUGAUUUACCUCAUGGGCACUUUGGUCAACAAAGACGGCAGGAUUCUGGUGGAAGGCAUCUACGACGCCGUCGCCCCCUUGAUGGAGGGCGAACGCGAAAUUUACAAAAAAAUUGAUUUCGACGUGGACGAUUAUCGCAGUGACGUUGGUUGCAACCGCCUGUUACACAAUGAGCAAAAAGAGCAGAUUUUGAUGCACAGAUGGCGCUACCCCUCCUUGUCCCUCCACGGCAUCGAGGGGGCCUUUGCCGAGCCUGGCGCCAAAACCGUCAUUCCGGGAAAAGUAAUCGGCAAGUUUUCCAUCAGAAUAGUCCCCGACCAGAAGCCGGCCCAAGUUGAAAAAUGCGUGGUGGCUUAUUUGGAGAAGAAGUGGAAACAGCACGGAAGUCCCAACACAAUGAAGGCGUACAUGACCGAUGGUGGGAACCCCUGGACUGAGGACCCAACCCACCCUCAUUACACCGCAGGUCUUAAGGCCACCAAACAUGUGUACAAGGUCGAGCCUGAUUUUACCCGUGAGGGCGGCUCUAUUCCUGUUACUCUAACAUUCCAGCAAGCUACGGGAAAGAACGUUAUUCUGCUGCCGGUUGGGGCAGGCGAUGACGGGGCUCAUUCGCAAAACGAGAAAAUCGAUAUAAGAAAUUAUAUCGAAGGAACCAAGCUGUUGGGUGCCUAUCUUUACGAAGUCGGACAAUUGCAGUAAACUAUACAAGGUCAGAUUUCUCAGGCAUUGCGCUCUUUUUUUAUAAUCUAUAUCACGGAAAAAUGAGCAUAUCAAUGAGUGACGCCAUGGGUGUAACUAUUUUAUUUGUCUGGGAUUUCUGCAUCAAAAAAUAUAUUUUUAUAUGUUCCAUUUGCUACAAAUGGAAGUAAAUAGGUAAUUGUUUUAAAGACGCUUAAAGGGUUGCCAAUAUUGAUAAUAUGCUAAGAUUCUGAUGUUUUUAUAAGAACUGAUGUAAUAAUUAAAGCUCAAUCAAUAUAUGCAAUAAAAAUUUAUACAAUUAUCUUUAA